AUGGAGACUACCAACACGCCUCAAUCUCCUCCAGCGGACAUGGACGAAGCCGCUGGGACCAAGGCGUCUGGGAAGCUCAAGCGAAGGAGACAAGGCCGGAAUACGGCAUGUCAAGCAUGUUCGAACCUCAAAAUGAAGGUUUGUGUUGCUCAGGACAAUGGCAAAUGUGAGAGAUGCCACCGCGUGGACCGCGAAUGCGUUCCCGCCAUCCCCAAAGCGCGGAAGCGCCAAACGCUCGAAGGAGGACUUCCCGACGGGGCGGUGAAUCAAAGCAUUGCAACACCGAGCCGACCAUCGCUAUUCGACCCUCCAAGUUCAAAAGCAACAUCUGUACAGCCGACCGACACGAGCGCUUUAGUCCUUCGACACGACCUAUCAAAUACCGGCAGCAAGACAUUCUUCUCGUUGUUUUCGCGAGGUCUUGGGAGUUCUCCGGCAUACGAAGAUCUCCUGAAAGGAGUUGACUACAAAUUCGUGGCAAACUCUUUCACCGUCUUCCAACAGUUGACACCAUACUUUCCAUUCGUCGAGUUAUCGCCUGCCGCAGACGUGGUUGCCAUGGUGGCUUAUCGUCCUAUCAUGACGCUCGCGGUGUGUACGGUAGCAUCGGCUUCUUCGCCAACAACACAAGACCGUUUGAGCCAAGCCUUCCUCUAUUGUCUGUCGUUGAAGGCCAUCCUCAGCGACGAGUCUAGCCUUGACCUACUCACAGGCCUACUCGUCUACCUUGCUUGGCAGCAUCAUUACCUUUCUCAACAACAUACUUACCAAAAGCUUUGCUUGUUGGCAGGCAUUGCAGGGGACCUCGGUUUGUAUCAAGCUGGUUUCAGUACCACGGACAGUCCAGGAAGCAAUCUCGAACGGGAUCGAGCAUUCGUUGGGUGUUACUAUCUCUGCAGCACACUCUGUGCGACCGGGUACGACAAGCCAAACCCACUCCGUUGGACGGACAAUCUUCGACCAGCAGCCGUGAACGCAAGCCGUAUUGGUGCUUUGCCAUCAGACCAGGAACUGACUGCUUCUCUUGAACUGACGCGAGCAUUGGACGAAUUCUCGGAAAUUGUGAAUGAACACAAUGGCGAGGUGGCCACCUCAACACAUUCAAUGGAGCUUCAUACAAAAUCAACACUCCAUCGAGUGAAAGCACUAAAACGAGAAUAUCCCUCUCUGGCCAGCUCUCUUGGAUACGCGGCUGUGAAUCUUCACAUCUACCAACGGCUGUUGCGACUUCAUCCGACACUCGAUUCUUCUACCUUGAUCCAAUGCGCAUGUGCAGUGAAAGAGUAUGCCGAUGAGCUUCUUUCCAGACCCGCAUCGACCUUGCAUCGAAUUGCAAUCGUAGAUUGGACAAAUUUCUUGGAGAUCCUGCUCCUCAUGGCAAAAGUCUCCAAGCCCAGUACGGGCGGUUGGGAAGCUGGAGCUUUGACGUCGAUGCUGCAGCCCGAAACAGUCCUCGAUGCGUUGUGUUCUCACAUGGCAUCCGCACCUGCAAAAGAUCCGCUAUCUUUCCGGCACGAGGGGUUGCUGCAGCGAUUUCGAGAAGUCGGCGAAGGUAUCAAGCGGCUGUUCCUCCACGAUGCAGAUGUGAGUGGAGAGGUCGCGGGACGCCAAUCCUUGUCCUUUGAUUCGUUGACCUACUUUGGUAACGGUGUUCUGGAUCCACGCUUCUGGAGCAGUCUGAGGAGUGGAUAUUGA